CGUCGAUAUUGGGGUUUAUAAUACGGAGCUGUCGCGCUAACUAGCUAGCUAGCUAGCUGCGGGCCACAGCGUUAACUGGAUAAUCCACUGACUUGGUUUCUGUGGUGUUCUGCUUAGCGGUUAUUGUCAUAACUCGUUAGGGGGGGGGGUUCUAGCUCGCGCUCGGCACGGUCUUGCCCUCCCUUUCACUGCGUAAUCUAAAGAUGUCGUGAGCCAACCUAUUCAGCUUGCUAAUGUGGGUGGUUCAACUUUUUUGUUUGUGUUUUCCCUUUGAUGCAGAACAACGGUAUACUAAUGCGUUGCACCGCCUGGGACAAACACGUGUGGGGAAACUUAGCUCUCCGCUAUAAUAGACGGGGAGCUGAAACACAAAUAAACGAUGUAUCCAGUUGGUGUGGGAAGCAGUCCGCGAAGACCGCAGAGAGACGUCAACCCAAAACGCUGGACUGCUUCUGGGGAAAGGGGAAGAAGCCACGCCCAUCAAGACCCACCCGCCAGCAUGGGAUGGCAAGUAGAACGGGAGCAACGCAACGCUUCCCGUCAUGAGCGACACAGGGAGGAGUGUGCGGGCCUCACUGUGGGCGAGGAGCAAGACCUAAAUGGCGACCAGCUGACGUUGAGUGCUCCAGACCAGGAGCUGGCAAGGAAAAGGAAAGAGCUUCAAGAGCUGGAGGAGAAGAUUGUUCUCAAGAAAGCUGCUAUUGGUUUGAAAAAAGUCGAGCCACUCUUAAAGAUGCCACUUAUUACAGGGGAAUUACAACAUGAUUUCUCACAUAGUAAAGCUGACUUGUCUGGAAACGGUAAUGAGCUCUUCACACAGUUAACAAAAGAAAAUGGGGCCAUUCGCUCCUUUAUGAAGAAGCCAGCUUCAUUUGAUUCCACGCCUGGUGAGAAAGGCACAACUCUGAGAGACAGGGUGAAUUUGAUCUUACGGCGAAGGUGGCCUCAAGGUCAUUCCUCAAAGUCUCUAGUGCAGUCAUCCACUGGAGCCAACAGUUUCACAGAGAUGAGUAAGCAGGAGGACCAUCCCCUUAAACUCAGAGUGAAGUUAAUGAAGAAACGAUGUAGUAAUUCAUGGGCACCGCAAAUAAGUGAGGAGGUCCCUGAUUCUGAACCACACCUUUCAAGCCACUGCCCUACCUCAGCAGUGGAGGAAGAGAGUACAGUUGCCAAAGGAUUUCAACGCUUCCUCGGUGUUCUCAAUAAAGGAGUGGAUGUCAAUCUGCUCACCAAAAUUGUCAAUGAUGACAGUAUAGCCCUCCCUAUGAGUGGAGAGCCCCUGCAUACUCAGCCUCCUUUUUUAAAGAGCACAUUACAGGCACUUUACAGGAGUGAGAGUCAGGGGUCAUACAGUGCAGCCCCCCAACUGGGUUGUAGUUUAUCCAAAAGCAGAGAGAGGAGCGCUGAACAUCUCAACCAAUGGGGAUCACACAAAGACAAACACAACCUUCCUGAUGAGCAGUAUGUCCAGAUAGGAGGUGAAGGGGGUGGUCAUUUUGGCUCUAGGAGCAGAUCGAGGUCUCCCCCGGCAGUGGAAGAGAAGGAAGUGAGGCUUGAGGAGCAGCAGGGACAAGUGAGGCUAAAGGAGCAACAGGGACAGCUGCAGAACAUUCUUGAGACUUUGGGGUUGAGCAUAGAUGCAGAUGAGCUAAACAGAUUAACAGAGCGGACCCAGGAAAGGCUAUACGGUAAGAAGGAAGACGACGGACAAAGGGGUGAUGACUCACAGGAGAGAGAUAAAUGUCAGACGAACCCUCAAAGAAUUCACAGGCAUUCCUCUUCCUCCACCGCAGUAUCUGGCAGCGUUACUCCAAACCUGGCUCCUGUUCAGCGUUCCCUUACUAAUGUCUCUGAGGAUAGCAGAAAGGAAAAGCUUACUUCUGAAAUCAGUCACUCCAGGGAGAGGGGUGGAAAUGGGGACAGAGAUGUGGAUGGAAUCAACUCAAAAGAAAGCUCACUGGCUGAGAAUCCUUACCUUGAAAACACAACAGGUCUUUAUCCUCACCAUGCUGCACAGUUUACAUUUCCAGAAUACAGCUCAGCCCAGUACUACAGUUAUGCUGCCUACCAAAGCGGGGCGUUCAAUGGUGCCAACCCCUCAGCCUGGCAGCACACCACCCAUACCACCACCCCCUACCCUUCCCAUCCUACAUAUCCUUACUCGCAGUAUCCCUUACAUCAAUUCACCAGCUCUACGGCUUCACCUGACCUUAUUUAUCCUUGCCCUGAGCCCAAGAACAACUUGUCACUCACACAUUCUCUCUUGACUGUGAAACCCGACCUGGCACAGAAUACGGGCCAAAAUGGAAAUCAGUCAAUGUCACGUUGUCUAAAGGUCAUCGAAACUCAGCAGUCACUAACCAAACACAAUCAUCUAAUCCAUCUUACGAAAUCGAAGAGAUCUUCAAGGGGCAAGGCAAAGCAUAAAUACAUGCAAAAUCGAAGGUUAAGGAGGCAACAGAGAAAAGAGAAGCAGGCCCUCAAAAAAGCCAACAUGUCUACCAAUCCAGCUAUGGGCUGCAGCUCUCUGGGCAGUCUGGGGGUGCCAAUGGCAUCCACGGGGGCCAAACCAAAAACACAGGAAUCAGAAGGUCACACGGUGGUCAAACCAAAACCACGGGAAUCAGAACUGUUAACUGAAGAGGAUAUAAAGGCAAAUUUGAAGAAAAAGCUUGAAGAGUUUAAUCAGAAGAUGAAGCACAAAGUUACGUAACUGGCAGCAUCUUGUUCCUAACCUAAAGCAUUGGUUAAAGAUCGCAGGGAGGCUGGAGCCUAUCCCAGCAGUCAUUGGGCGGCAGGCGGGUAGACAGACACCCUGGACAGGCCGCCAGUGUUGAGGGGGAUGCCAAGCAGUGUCCAGGUGGCGGCCACCAUCACCAUGGAGACCUGGGAGGAGGACAGACUGCACGUGCACACAAGGGAGACUCAUCACCAUUCACACACAGAAAAAGAGAAAGGGGAAGGCGUCAUUCGGAGAGAGAGAACGGUGAGAAGAGAACAGUUUAGUCGAUCUAUAUACACUGUAAUCUCGUUGGCAGAACAGCGCUUGGUAAAUUCACUGAGACAGAAACCGACCCGCCGUGCAGCACAAGUUGUGAAGCACUCAACUUAAAACACAACUAAUUGUAGGCUAAGGCAAAAAGAUCUUUUAAGUUUGGAUUUAAAGGACUCGACAAAAGUGACUGCAACACAGCAAAUGAAAUAAACGACAGCGCAUAAUAUGAAACGAUGGCAUUUUUCUAUUGUCACGAUAUACAACGUCACAGCCCUAUUUCAAGACAUAAAUCUCAUCAUUGUAAACCAUUUUCCUCGGAAUGCCCUCAACUGUCUGAUUAGUAUUGAUUACAUUUGGCAUCAACUCAGUCAUGAGUGUUAGAAAUGUAUGGAUGGUGUCUAUGAAGCAAGUUUUUCCCCUUGGCAGAGUAAAAAAAAACCCGUAUUUCCAGUACCCCUAAGGUUGAAUAUUAUCAGAUUUGUACCGACAUAAUUUCUCCUCAAAUUCAAACAAGUAUUUGUCGUUUCUUAGGGGUGUUGUGGUGCAACACUUGAUGCUAUUUUCUUU